UGAUCAUGGUGAAGACAAAGCGGGUGUGUGAGAAAUGUUAGUGUAAAUUUUAGUGUAAAUAUUGGGACUAUAUGUUGAAUCCUAAGAAAUUUAUCAGUGCCUAUAAACAUGGGAUUAUGGAGCUACACGAUCAUAUACCUGCUAGCCACGUUAUACCUACGAUGUGAAGGUGAGGAUGAGAGGCCCGCUGUUCACAGAGAAAAUGGUGAACUGGGACGUGAGAGGUCGGCACUGAGCGAGUAUGUGAGCCGAUACGAGGUGUUGCGCUACAACCCGGAGCAGGUCCACCGCGACCAUGAGCGCGUCAAGAGGUCGCUGUAUAAAGAUGAAGAGCUGACCAUAGCAUUUGCCUCCCAUGGACGGUCAUUUCACCUGCGACUGAAGCGGGACACACAGACGAUCAGUCCAUAUGUCAAAGUAGAAGUUCCACCCAGAUUAGAAGGGCUGGAUUUUAACCACCUUUACGAAGGGACAGUUGAAGCUGAUCCCGGAUCAAAGGUCUGGGGAAGUGUUAGAGGAGGAGUAUUUGAAGGAGUCAUAGAUAGUGGGCGGGAUGGUGUAUACUAUGUAGAGCGAGCAAACAAGUACUUCCCUCGCCACAAUGCAACAUCCUCGGGCUUCCACUCCCUCAUAUACCACGACAACCAUGUGGAGGACCCAUAUGCCCGGGUGCGUUCCGGGCAUUCCUCAGGAUGUGGUAUAACAGAUGACGUAGCAGCAUGGAUGGACCGUGUUCAAAACUCUGCAGACCUUGUAGAGGAAAAGGAGGAGGCUAGUAAACAGUACCAACAAACUCCGGCUCAUCUGCUUAGUCAGUAUAAGUACAAAAAAUGGCUAGACUCUCAUGAAAAUUACAAAACAAGUGGAGAGGAGGAUGGCAUUUCAGAUUUCUAUGAAACCAUCUUGGAAGAUUACCAUAAUAAGUACAGUGCGCAAGCAAAUAGUCGAACGAAGAGAGCAGUUGGAAUGGGUGUUGGAGAAGACAACAAAGGGACAUGCUCUCUCUCAAUCCAAACAGAUCCCAUGUUAUGGCACCACAUAUACAAACAGGAGGAGAAUGAUCCCAUCAGGACUCGGGAUGAGAUUACAGCAAUGAUCUCACAACAUAUCAAAGCCAUCAAUAAUAUCUACGGCAAUGUAAAAUUUGAGGGAAAAUAUAAGCACAGGAACAUACGAUUCGAAGUGCAGAGAAUCAAGAUUGAUAAUGAUGAGCCUUGCCGUCCUAACUGGACGGGAGAACCAAACAAAUUCUGUAAAGCUAACGUGGAUGUGAGCAACUUCCUGAAUCUACAUUCCCAAAAGAAGCAUGACGACUUCUGUCUUGCUUAUGUGUUCACGUUUAGGGAUUUCACAGGUGGUACCCUUGGCUUAGCCUGGGUUGCUUCUCCAUCAGGUGCCUCUGGUGGUAUUUGUGAAAAGUACAAGACCUAUACAGAGAACCUGGGAGGUUUCCGUCACUCUGAAAAGAGAUCCCUCAACACUGGUAUAAUCACAUUCCUCAACUACAACUCUCGAGUUCCUCCAAAGGUCUCACAGCUCACAUUGGCUCACGAGAUUGGUCAUAAUUUUGGCUCACCACACGACUUUCCUGAGACCUGUAAGCCUGGGGGUCUGCUGGGGAACUACAUUAUGUUCUCCUCUGCCACCAGUGGAGAUCGGCCAAAUAAUGACAAGUUUUCUCAGUGCUCCAUUCGUAAUAUAUCUCUGGUUCUUGAUGCCAUAUCAGAAAAGAGAAGAACAAACUGUUUCUCAACCAACAAUGGUGCCUUCUGCGGAAAUAAGAUCGUUGAAGAAGGGGAGGAAUGUGACUGUGGUUAUGAUGAUGAGGAAUGUGAAGAAAAGUGUUGUUAUCCACUCAAGAUUUCUCAGAAUGAUAAAAUGCAGAAUUCAUCUGCAAGAGAGUGCAGACGCAGAAAGAACACACAGUGCAGUCCAAGUGAAGGGCCUUGCUGUAGCAGAGACCAUUGCACAUAUGUGAAGCAUGAUACUCGAGUUCAGUGCCAUUCUGAGACAGACUGUGAGGAAUCAGUAAAUUGCAAUGGUCGCAUGGCACAGUGCCCAUCGCCCAGGAAGAAGCGUGAUCACAAACAGUGCAAUGAAGGCACAAAGGUCUGUAUUAAAGGAAAAUGUAGUGGAUCAAUAUGUCUUGCACACAAGUUGACGGAGUGUUUCCUCACAUCGGACCGUGUGAAAGACAAAAAGAAGCUGUGUGAAAUUGCUUGUCAAGAAGGCAAUGACACUUCCACUUGUAAAUCUACUUCAGAACUAAGGCAUAUCUUUGGUGAACCUGUAUUUAUGAGACCUGGAGCCCCAUGUAAUAACUUCCAGGGUUAUUGCGAUGUCUUCCAAAAAUGUCGUGCAGUGGAUGCUGAGGGACCCCUUGCAAGACUCAAGAACCUACUCUUCAACCAGGACACACUUAACAGUGUUGCUGAGUGGAUCACACAAUAUUGGUAUGGUGUGAUGAUGCUAGGUGUUGGCUUUGUGGUCUUCAUGGGCAUUUUCAUCAAGUGCUGUGCAGUGCACACCCCAUCUAGCAACCCUCGCAAACCUCCAGCGCGAUCCAUCACAGAAACUCUACGUAGACCUGUCAGCACUCUCAGAAGAGUCAAACGACAUCGCCAAGGCCCGAGCCCAAAUGCCCAGGGUGCCCCGGGCCCCAGUCACCAUCAUCACCACCAUCUUCAUCACCACAACCAGCCUGGGCCAUCUCGCCAUAGUGGGGGAGCAGCAGCAGCAGCAGCGGUGCCCGAACGGCCAAAGGGAGGAGCCAAGAGGUCUAGUCGGGCAUACAGUGAUGAUCCGCCACCACCCUACCCCGGGAACCCCAGACCUCUUAGCUCUUCUAAUCCGGGAAAUUCUGUCACACCAGUCAAUCGUAGCGGCCCUACCCGUCACGGAUAUGGUGAGGGUCGGGGACACUAUAACAGACCCAAAGGCGGCAGACGGCACGAGAAUUCUGCUGUAUAGUGUAAGCUUCAGCCCCACCCCUGGAGUGACCUUGUGAUACUACUGCUGUAAAGUGGCCACCCUGUGGGGCGCUCCUGACUGCCACUCCCUGUAUGCAGCCUUCGUCAGUGCUGACAGCCAAUCUGUGCAACCCUUCAUAGGUGCAUGUUGGCACUUCACAAACUAAUCAAACAACAGCAGUGCAUACUUUAAGACAAGCAGAUUGCAGGAAAACAAUGCUAUAUAGUGAUAUUCAGUCUUUUGGCCAUGAAGAUAAUGUGCUCUUAAACUUGACAAAAAAGCACUGGAUUAAACAGUGAUAAAGUGGUCAAGGAAAAACAAAGUAUAACAUUUUGUCUUGUGAUGGAGCCCUGGCCUGUCGCCACUUGACUCCAUGAUAAGGUUUUCUGUGUCAGGCCUUAGAUAGAAAUCUGUAUAUGAUGUCACAUGAUUAAGGAAGGAGAGACAGGACAACUGGCAUAGAAGGAUUGCAUAUAGUGAAGAAAUAUUUAUCGUAAGUCUAGUGAUUUAUUAUUGAUUGUAUUUACUGAAUGUUAAGGCAUGAAUGACCAAGUGACAUGAGGGAUCCUGAGCGUUGUGAAUGGGUGUUGUAAUGUUGCAGUGAGGAAAGAAUAGUGGUGCUUUGUGAGUUUUUCUUUUUUUUUUUUUUUCUUCUCUCAUUACACUAUAAAAAGAAAUUAAGGAAUGCGGCAUGGAAGCCAUCUCCAGUGUGGGUUAUACGCCAACUGUACAGAAAGAUAUGGGUUUCUCUCAACCCUUUGAAAACAGUUCAUGUGUGUGAGACAUAGUAAACACAAUUUGAUAAUGCUUUUUUAUUUGCAUAUAUGUGCUCAUGUAUAACACUGUUAUAAAAAGUUAUAUGAUUGGUGGUAUUAUGUGAUCAUUGUUUAUCAGAUUUAUUAAGAGUUGAAUCCUUUAAAAUAGGUUGGAGAUUUUUGGUACUGCAUUAUAUUAAUUGUUAUAUAAGAUUUUGUUCAACUUUUAUGAAGACAGAGAAGUUUGAAUUUUUAUAUCAUUCCCUGUAGACCUUUGCAUUUAUCAAUGAUGGUGUUAGAGUAAGAGUUUGAUGUAUAGAUAUUCCAGUUGGCAAAGGUAAUUGUAGGUUUUUUGAAUAAUGUACAAUAUCGAAAAUACAGGCCAAAGGGUUAUUCUGUCAUUUGAUUACAUCUCUGGAAAUUAUUUAUAAAGCUUGUAGAGUGUUUGGCACCGGAAGAAUGCUGCAUUAUAUACUGCACAGUCAGCUCUGUUGGAGCACCAAGACAAGCAUCUGUAAGAGGGAACUAUCAUUCAAUUUUUACACAUGGUUGUAUUUAAUUAAAGGAUAAAAACUUAGCUCUCAGGUUGGAGAUGACAUGUUUUAUAUUUCAUGUCCUCUUUUUUCCCCACCUGGUAAAUAGUACCAGAUUCCUUUCCACCCACCACCAUGUCCACUCCCAGAUGUUUCCUGUUUGUUCACUUAGUGCCUGUCCAUUUAGUAGCCCAGACUACAUCACACAUUUCUGUUCCUAUUUCAUUUCUAUAAUUAUGUACCUUCCUAAAACCACGAAAUGAGAAGACCUUUUUGUAGCAUUUUUCUUCUUUUCAUCACGUUUUUAUGAGUUCUGAACAAGUAGUGUUUUAUUUUAAUGAGGUGUAUCAUUCCUGUGACCUUCAAAAAAUAAAUGAAUAAAUAAAUCACUCAUUGUAAAUUAAUCUGGGAUCCUUGUAGGCUUACCCAAGAGACCCAUGUUUAUGCUAACCUUCCCUGCUCCCCAUAUGCUAACCUCCCUUUCCACCCUCAUGCUCACCCUGAACCUGAUCUGUACGCUCACAAUAGCCCCUCCCAACACCUCUCAUGGUGCCCCAAGUCCACAUUAUUAGGGAGUGCUGGAACAGAUUUGUCAUCAGCUCAAAGUAUUUUUUAUGUUUGAAAUAAAAGGCAUUGCAAGAAAAUGGAAAUACUGGUGAGCCUGACAGUGGUAUAUACAGUAACUUUGGGCCUUGGCUUUGCUCCCACUUGGUUUGGUUAGAUACUGAAAUGCUGUCUGUACUAUUCAUCAGUCAUACUUUGAUACAAUUGGUGUACAAGAAAAAUACAGCCUCUCACAAUAAGAGGUUGCAUCUUUGAUCUUUGAUUCUACGAGGGAGCCUAACUGAUGCUCAUUGUGAAGUUCCUGCACUCACCAUAUGUGUAGAAGUGUGUCAAAGUGUAUGUAUGUAUGACGGAUGGAAACAAAUUUUUUUAUAUAUUUCACUAACUUGUGUUGGUAAGGAAAGAUGCACUCAUGUUUACCAUGUGCCCUGUGUCAUGUAGCAUUAAGCGAGUAAAAAUUUUGUACUAAAUAUUUAUCUUCAUAUCUUGCAGAAAUACCACAAACUUAAGAGCUUUGGUGGGUAUUAAAAUAUCCAGUUCCAAAGCAUGUUCAGUCCUCAUUAUGGAGUAUAUACAAGUUGUUCUAAACAGUAAUAUGCAGUGUUCAUAUUUGUCAGGGAUCACAGGAUUCCUAGCAUGUGAAAAAGAACCUUUUUUUGCUAUGGUCACUUGAUUAAUUUUUGAUAUUCUAGCAUUCCAAAGAGAAAGUUAUGGACCAAAGAGUGCAAUAGCCAUAGCUUACAGUUUUGAUCUUUGCCCACUUGUGUUAAUCUACUUUCUCUCAUGCUUUUUAGGUCAGUGAAUUAUACUUUACAGUCAGAUAUUUAGAACAAAAAGUGUUUGUAUAUGUUCAUUAAAAUGGCAGUAUUGAAAUUCUUGAUGUUAUUUCAUUUUGUGAAAAAAAUCACACUUGGGUAAUAAUUGGUGCUCUAACUAUACCUGGAUAAGAGCAUGAGAAUGAUGAUAUAAAUGUGGAUCCCAGGUAUCAUUUCUAUGUUUUUGAAAAUUGACCUAUUCAUUAAUUAUAGUAAUUAUUAUUUUUGUGAUGUUGCUAAAUAUUUUGAUUUCUCUUGGUAUGAUUUCCAAAAAUCCAUUUGAUCCCCCGUCCAAAUUUCGGCCAUAUUCCUUGCCCUUUGUCUAGCCCUGAAGAGCACCCAAGUGACCUUCCAGAGAUACCCAGAAAAUUGUGAUGCAGGUAUGGCCAUGUAUUUAGUGCUGAUGGAUCAGUACUAAAUCUCAUCACACAAAACCAAAUGGGAAAUGUUUUAACACAUUUUAAAAGACAUUCCCAAGAAGAUAAUGAAGGUCUCUGAGUGCUUAUGGUCUGAAGAACUAUAGCCAUCAGAGUUGUGUCUAAAGUUAAAGCAAUUAUUUAUUGAGAUUUUCCCCUGUUUUGAAGCACAAACUUCAAGAAUCUAGGUUGUUAGACGGUUUUCAAAAUUCGUUCAUUCAAGACAUAACAAUAAGGAGAUUCAUUAGCAUUUUAUCUGAAAAUGUAACAGUGGGAAAUGCACACAUAUUUACAAUUGUUUAGUUGUGUUAUGUAAUGCUUAUGUAUGAUUUUGAAUUACAGUAAUUAUAUUGGUAAUGUCUUAUUGAAAAAGUUACUGAACAUAUUGCAGCAUUGCACAUAGCACAGCAUCUGAUUAAAUCAGUUAUUAAUUUGUGUGAAUAUUUAUGAAAGGAAUCAGAAGAAGCAUCAGUAUUAUAACGACUAUUAGACACAGCUCUCUAGCUUCCAAAAGUACCUAAAGAUGCUCCAUAUCAAGACGUGAACCAUAUGUUGGCUGUAAAGUGUAUAUUGGGCAUUAUGAUUGCACAAUCCAUCACAGACUUCCCAGGACAGCCUGAAAUAAUUGAUAUAGGUUUGCCUUUAUUCUGUAUUUUAAAAGUAACUUGAAAUAUUUUAUGUACAGCCUCUUUAUUCCCUAUUGUCAGUUUGAUGUUCUGUACCUAGCCUGAAGGUAAUAUUGCACAGUGCUGUUUUGUGCAACCUUAUUGCUAGCUUAAUGAUAAGAAUCACCAGAAGCCAUUAAGACAUAUUUUCAAGUCACUGAUUUGAGAAUUGACUGGGAAAAAUUAUAUGGGUUAAUCUGCUAAAUGAUUCAUAUCACAAUGUUAGUAACAAAAAGAAAAUAAAAAAAAGAAAAAAGAAAACAAAUAAAAGGAAAAAAAUCCAUAAAGAGAAGUUUGUAAAAUCUAGCACUGCGUAAUAAGACCAUAGAUACACACUAAUCCUUUAUGUUUACAUGAUGCAUCUGGGCAUAAAUUAGUUUUAAUAUGUUUCCAUAUAUGUAGUAUGAUCAUUGUUACAGUCAGUACACACUUGAUAUUAACGUGAGUGACAUCAUUUCUUAGAACUCAGUGUUUUAUGAUCACUCCAUAUGUUUAAUAAAUAAAUGAUGUGUGCUUUUUA